CGCAUGUGCUGCUUCAGCUGAGAGUGGAACCGUGCUCGUCGCGGUCUAUCGGUGCCGGAUUGAUUCCUCGUGUUGUGAUGGCUCUCGGUAGUGAAGUGAAUGAUAACUCUCCUAAAAAUGCUCCCCAAAAAGUGAAAAAAACCCACUCGAACACCAAUUUGAAAGUUACCAGUGGCAGCGAUAUUAUUAACAAAGCUGAAAAACUAGAUAAACAAGGUAAGAUGAAGAAGGACGGUAGCGUGAAGGUGGUGGGUUGCAGCAAUGGGCACGUGAGUACGCCGAACGGACGCGCUGAUGAUGAAGGCGGCGGUGGCAGUGGCAGUCUCGUCGCUUCGCCUCGCGUCUCGUACGCUGCCGCGGCGCGCAAAGCCGCCUCACCACAGAAUAUCGUGCCUCCGCCUUUCCCCCUCAACACAGGUGCAUCGAUCGCACUUUUAUCAACUUCCUGUGUUGUCCCAGUGAAGAUAGCUUUCAUAGCAAUUACUUUCCUAUCGUAGUGGCAUAGUCUGUAGCAGCUUCUAGACACCAACGACUUUUGACACCUGACGCCCAGUGCCGGAUCAACGGAUAACUUUCAUGACUUCAUGACUUAAUAUUUUCAGGUGGUUCUUUCUCCAGUCUUCUGAGAUAUUGACAUCAUAGCAUAGUAACAAAAACAAAUAUCUAUGUUUAAUUUUAAUUAAUCGAUUUCUCCUAAAUAACAUUGCACAGUACGACAUCUUUGUUACCCUUAAAAUGAGCGACAUACGAUAUGCGUACAAAUAAAUUGUAUAUUUUGUCUGUUUUCGGGUUGGCUUCGAUCGCA